AUGGCAUCUUCUACCCCGGAACUGAAGCCUGCUCAACCAGAGAAGGCGGUUCCGCGCAAUGGAGCAGCCAAAGGCCGGCCUCGGCGGCCCAAUUAUAAGCACAUUCACCGGUUUCCUCUACCUAUAACUAUUCACCCAUUGCCCCCUUUAAUACCGCACAACCCCCUCUCACUUCUCAGUAUUGCUCUCUCAUAUCUCACUUUCUAUAUAUCUCCGCCUCAUCCAAUAACAUGUUCUGCUUAUUUUGACGCUUUCACAUCUUCCAUCCAAGUUACAGACCCCAAGACCAUCCGUGUAUUAUGGGAGAUGGGUUUCUUCGGUAAAGGUAGCCUAAGUAGAAGCGAGCCAUCGUGGCUAGAAAGAGAAAAAAAGAGAAGAGGGCUUAUCGGUCAAAGCACAAGCGAAGAAGCAACGGGGAUGAGGCGAGUAGAAAGACGAGAAUUCAAGCUGGAGAGAGCAAGGAGGGAGAAAGAGGCCAUUGCCGAACAGCUCAGAGUCGAGGGAAAGCUUCCUGAUGGGCCGGCAUCAGAUAAAAGCGUUUUGGCUCUAGAUGAUGAAGCUACUUCGGAAAAGAAGACUGCUGAAUGCAGUGCGUCCGCACCAAACGAUGAACCUGCUGGCAAGACAGUCACCAGCCGCAUCAAGUCUGUUCGUUUCUCACCCACUGUGGGAGUGGCAGAUAUAAACGAUAACGUUGAAGUAGAAGAUGAAGAGCACCUUCAGCUCUCUAGUGAAGAUGCGUUCUUCCUUUCAUAUGGCCUUGGAGUUCUCGAGGUAUAUGAUGAUACCCGAAGCACAAUUCUCCAACCUCAAUCACUCCUUGCUUUGCUCCGUCAGCACUCAUACUUCCCACCUCGUGAUCCCUCUGCAGUGCCAGAACCGGACGACCGAUUCAUGAUUUCAUAUGUUGCAUAUCACCACUUCCGCUCCCUCGGCUGGGUUGUUCGAUCCGGAGUCAAGUUCGGUGUCGAUUUGCUCCUCUAUAACAAAGGCCCAGUCUUUUCACAUGCUGAAUUUGCUGUCAACCUUCUCCCGUCCUACAGCCAUCCGUACUGGAAAGAGACUGAAGAGAGACGAAAGUAUGUGGCCGCAAAGUUGAACCAUACGUGGUGGUGGCUUCACUGCGUAAAUCGAGUGCAGGCCCAGGUUAAGAAAAGCUUUGUUAUGUGCUUCGUGGAGAUCCCGCCACCUUCAGCAGACGAUAAAUCUGGUGAACAGGAUAUUGGAGAGCUCUUGAAGAGCUAUCAGGUCCGGGAAUUGGCCAUCAAGCGAUGGGUGCCAAACCGGAGUCGUGAUUGA